UCUCUAAUAGUGAAAGAAAAAUUCUCCAUUGUUAGAUAAAAACAAAAGUUCAGUGUAAGUUAAAGUGUAUGAAUAACAUUACACAAGUUAAAAAGUGACUUUAUUAAUUUUACACAAAUUUUUACGUAAAUUGUACUUCCCGAAUACAUUAUGACAGAGCAAGCAAGAUUGUUAGAGAUAAAAGCUGAUAAAACUCAUCGUAUGAGAAUGAGUUGUUUGCAAGAGUUAGGAGGCUCAAAUUCAGAUAGAUCUCAAAGUUUCUGUAAAAAGAUAGUAAAAAAUUAUGGAAGCAACUUUAUUUCAGAACAAAACAUUGCAGGAGGAAAUUUAAGACCUAAAAAAGUUAUUUUUUGCGUGCAUGGUAAACUUUCUGGCUGCUGUACAGUAAUCACAGGAGCCAGUAAAAAAAAAUCUGUUAGCUAUCACCAAGAAAAAAGAAUACAGUAUGAAACCCACUGUCAUCAAGAGAGAAAUACGUGUUCUGAUAAGAAGUCAAGAAACAAAUUAAUUAUUGCUAGCUUUCUUUGCGUUGUCUUCAUGAUUUUGGAAAUAAUUGGUGGAGUGUGGUCAAACAGCUUAGCGAUAGCCACAGAUGCAGCUCAUCUAUUCACUGACUUAACGUCUUUUAUGAUAUCACUUUUUUCAAUGUGGAUGGCACAUAGACCUGCAACUAAGAAAAUGCCGUUUGGAUGGUACCGAGCUGAGGUCAUUGGUGCUUUUACAUCGAUCUUAUUGAUAUGGAUGGUAACUGGAGUCUUACUAUUCCUUGCAGUAGAACGUAUGAUUAACAAAGAUUUUGAAUUAGAUGUUUUAGUUAUGUUAGCUACCUCAGCAAUUGGUAUCCUUGUGAAUCUAGUAAUGGGCCUAACACUUCACCAACAUGGACCCAGUGAACCAGGUUAUACCGAUACACACAGUAAUCAAAAGUUGGAUGAUAACUCUCAAAUAAUAUUUGACAGUGAAAAAGGCAACAUACGAUAUUAUCUGGAAUCUAAGGAAAAUUUACAAUCGUUUUCGAAAAAUAAAAAUAUAAAUGUUAGAGCUGCAUUUGUUCACGUAAUUGGUGACUUACUUCAAAGUACUGGGGUUUUUACAGCAGCUGUUAUAAUCUAUUUUGAGCCAACUUGGAAUAUUGCAGAUCCUAUUUGUACGUUUUUUUUCUCAACACUUGUUAUUUUGACAACAGCAGCCAUUAUUAAAGAUGUAAUAAAUAUACUGAUGGAGGGUACUCCCAAUGGAAUGGAAUAUACUACCAUUGAAAAUAGUUUUAUGGAGAUCGAAGGAGUGGUAAAAGUUCACAAUUUAAGGAUUUGGGCACUUUCGUUGGAGAAAGCUGCACUUUCAGCUCAUCUUGUCAUAAACUUAGCCACAUUAACGCUCUUCAUAAUUUCUGCAAUGCGAUUUGCCAAAGCGCCAGUUGCACUCAAACCAGAAAGUAAAGAAAUCAGAAGUAAAGCUCCACCAAUUCAAGCAGGAAUGCGUUAA